AUGACGGAAAGGUUCUUGGAACGAGGAUACCAGCGCCCUAUCCUAGAUAAAGCACUUAUAGAGGAAAAGUUGCAUCGAGUACAGAAGGAGGCAUCUAUAACCCAGAGAAUGUUUUUUCCUACAACCUUCCAUCGGUCAUCCCCACAAAUAUCUUCGAUCAUUAGAAAUAACUGGAGGAUAUUGGCAGCGGAUGACACCCUCCCCAAAGUUUUUCAAGAACAACCUCUGAUCUGCUUUAAGAGGAACAGAAACUUAAAAGACCUCUUGGUCUACACGGACCCUAAUUUAAGAGACACAGAGAAGAAUACACCAUUGAACCGUG